UUAAUGGAAAAUUAAUAUGAGGUCACAUGAAAAUGUUUUCAAUUAGCUAAUCAUUUGCUCAGUAUGUGGGCUAGUGAAAUGGAAAUUAUAACAAUGGUGUUCAUAAUGAAUGGUUAUGCAGAUUAUUUCCAAGCUUGUGGCACAAGAGUAGUAUCUCAUCAUCUAAACCAACGAAUAUGGCCACAGACAAAAAUUAUUGGAGGAUCGUCUACACCUUACGGAGCUUACCCGUGGCAGGUUGAAUUACAAGCAUACAAAGGAGGAUGGGAACAUCAUUGUGGAGGAGCACUUGUUUCUGAGACUAUAGCCUUAACAGCUGCUCAUUGUUUAAAGGACUUUAAAAAAUCGCAAUUGCGAAUUAUUGUUGGUAAACAUAAUCUAGCAAAAAAUGAUAAACAUGAAAAAACGUAUAGAGUUCAAAAGGCAAUAAUUCACCCAGACUUUAGAAAAGAUGGACCACACAGCCAUGACAUAGCCAUAUUAAAGAUUAAUGCUUUCAACAGUAAUGGAAUAAAAUUUGAUUCUCACGUGCAACCAAUAUGUUUGCCAGAAUAUUAUACAAAAUCCAAUGACGUAGAUUGGUGUACUGUAACUGGAUGGGGAGCACAAAAACAAGACGAUAUGACUAGUUUACCCAAAGUACUGCAAGCAGCAUCUGUCCCACUGCUGGAUUUGGAAACGUGUCGACAUAAUGAUGUAUAUGGAGGCCGACACCAAUUUAUAUUGGAUAGUAUGUUGUGUGCAGGAAGUUUAGAAGGUGGCGUUGAUGCUUGUGGAGGCGAUUCUGGAGGACCUCUGGCUUGUCAGAUCAAUGGAAAGUUUACAUUGGCAGGUGUAGUGUCAUGGGGUGAUGGAUGUGGCAAAAAAAAUAGGCCAGGUGUAUACACACGAGUGUCAUACUAUAUAAAUUGGAUAAAAAAGGCUAUGCUAGAACUCGAAAAUAAUUAAAAUGGCUUAGCAAAAAUAGAAAACGACUAUAAUGAUUUUUUUAUUCAAAUUUUAUU